AUGAUGACUUCAUUUCCAAACAACUCUUCAAGCUUGCCGCCCGCCACCACCCUCCACUCACAAACACCCCGCCAAAUUUUCGUCUCUCCCUUCCUCGGCUGGUAUCACGCCUUCACCGAACCAGGCCUCAUCCUCGUCGUCCCUCUCGCUGCCCUCAGCUGCAUCGCCUGCAUCGCCCUGUCCCGCCUCUUCACCAAUAUCCUGGACAACAUCUUGACCAUAUGGGCCAACAGUCCGCCGUCCAACCAGGUCGUGCUGGAAGCGGGCAAUUUGAGGAUCGAAUUUGGCUGUACGAGGGAGCCGGUUCCGUUGGAUUUCAUCGCGGAGUUCGUGGCGAGUCAUAGAGAUGCGGUGGAGAGAAGUUUCGCGCCUGUUUUUACGCGGGAGUGGUGGUGGGAGUCGGGGAAUAGGACGAGGCUUUGUUAUGCGGGGUUGAGGAUUGUGGAGGGUGGGAGGGAGGCGAUUCCGCCGUCUGGUUAG